ACACAUUUUAAUAUUACAACUCUUAAAACUUAUCAUCUUUUGUGAGGUUUUUGACUUUCCCUCUCUGUUCUAAGGCAUUCUUGUAACAAUGGAGAAGGAUAACAGCAACAAGAAGAGUCUCUCUGAACAACUCAAGCACACGAAUUCCCCGAUGUUCUCUACCGCCAUUUUCGCCUUCAUAAUGCUGCUUGUUGUGGUGGGAACAAUACUCUCAAACAUGUCAUUAGAGUCAACUUUCUUCUGGACUUCACCAACUUCUGAGGUGAUCACAAUGGAGAGGAAGCCAUUGGCUCCUCCUAAGAACAGUACAAGCAGAUACAGGAUGGCUUGGCUUCGUUCUCAUCUCGAAGAAUUUGAGGCUUUCAAGUCAACUAACCUUUCAGAGAAGUUUCACCAAAGGGUUCUUGAGUCUUUAAAUGAUGAAUGUGAGGUUAGAUUCUUCAUGACAUGGUUUUCACCAGCAGAUUAUUUCGGCAAGAGAGAGUUUCUAGCUGUAGAAAGCGUCUUUAAAUCUCAUCCUCAAGGCUGCUUGAUGAUCGUUUCAGGAUCCAUGGACUCUCCACAAGGAAGUACCAUCCUUAAACCAAUAAGUGAUCUUGGUUACAAGGUGUUUGCAGCCACACCAGACGUUUCAUCCCUUCUUGAGAACACACCGGCCAAAACUUGGUUUCAAGAAAUGAAAAGCUGCAAAAGAGAUCCAGGGAGGAUACCGUUAUCUCAGAACCUUUCAAACCUCGCAAGGCUAGCGAUUCUUUACAAGUACGGAGGUGUGUACCUAGACACAGACUUCAUUGUCACCAGAAGCUUCAAAGGGCUGAAGAACUCAAUAGGAGCGCAAACAGUGGUGGAAGGAGAUUCCAAAAACUGGACAAGGCUGAACAAUGCGGUUCUUGUCUUUGAGAAAGAACACCCUCUUGUUUACAGCUUCAUGGAGGAGUUUGCUACCACUUUUGAUGGGAACAGAUGGGGACACAAUGGUCCUUACUUGGUAACAAGAGUAGUGCAGAGAGUAGAAGAGACGAUAGGGAACAGUUUCACAGUAUUGCCACCAGUAGCGUUCUAUCCAUUUAAUUGGAUAGACAUUCAAAGACUGUUUCAGACGCCAAGGAGCAGGAAUGAGACUACAUUACUCAAAGCUGAUCUGAUCAAGCUGAACAGAAUAAGCUAUGGGCUGCAUCUGUGGAACAAGAUCACCAAAAAGCUUAAGAUAGAAAAAGGCAGUGCCAUUGACAUCAGUAUUUCAGACCAUUGUGUUGUUUGCAAAGGAAUCCAAAGAUGAAGAGAAUCAAAUCAAUGUCUAGGACUCUUAACUCUAAUCUUGAUUGUCUAAUUUUGUGUAAGAUUUUGU